AUGAAUUCAUCCGAAGGUGCCCAGGAACUUGUGCAGUGCUUCAACGAUGCCCACAAAAACUUUACAGCCACAUUGAAGAGUCUCAUACACACCCUACAGCACGAUGGUUUUAGCAUGGACAAUUGCUGGGAAGUCUGCGACCAACUCGACCUUCUUGAUUCCCUUCUAGGUGAUAUGGAGGAACUUGGCCCGGAGAUGGUGUUAGAGGCUCCGCAUCUGGCCAUUGUGCGUGAGUUUCCUAGAGGAUACUUUCUGGGUUAUAAAUUCCUAUUUGAUUGCCUUGGUGUUCAGACUGGCUUGGAUGAUGUUCGAGGUAUUUUGGCUGAGUGCUUCUACGACGACUGUGCUGAGGUCGCUUGUAUCGGGUUGGAAGGUCUCCUCGCUAGGCUUCCAUUCUAG